AUGAAUUCUCAGAUAGGUGCCGCAUUUUGUGGGCGAUAUAUAACACAUGUGAAGGACAAAAUCAGUGUAACAACAAUGAAACUAAUAUUGUCCAUUUUUUUAUGGUUUAUUUUGGCAAAUGUAACAGUUGAAAUACAACAUAACAGUUUACAAUUUCGAUCUAUGAUUUAUUAUUUAACUGAACGUUUACCAACCGAAUAUGAUCAUUAUGGAUGCUGGUGUGGUUCACAAAUUAAAGGCGACCUAUAUGUUGAUAAAACAGAUUUAUGUUGCAAAAUUCAUCAACAAUGUUAUUCUGAUGUUACAACGGCUUCUUCUUGCAGUGGAACAUUGGCAUUAGCAGCAUAUGAUGUAAAGUAUAGUAAUGGUACAAUUAGUUGUAAAGAAAAUGUAGAUGAAUGUAACUAUGGUAGUUGUAUGUGUGAUAAGCGAGCUGCAGAAUGUUUUAAAAGACAUCAAUCAACAUUCAAUGUUUCUCUGUUUUAUAAUAUUUCAAAAGAAGAAUGCGAAAUGAAACCACAGCCAACAUGUUGUGCAAAAGCUGUUUGGAAUAGCAGUGGACAAACAGUAGCGGGUGGAUUUGGUGAUGGUCGUGGAUUACACCAAUUAUCUCAUCCUUAUAAUGUCUUUGUUGAUAAGGAUAGAAGUGUAUACAUAGCAGAUAGUGGUAAUCAUCGUAUACAAAAGUGGGCCCCAGGUGCCACAAGUGGAGUCGUAGUGGCCGGUGGAAACGGUUUUGGAUCUGCCGCAAAUCAAUUAGAUGGACCAUCAAGUGUAUUUGUAGACGGUGAUGGUGAUCUAUAUAUUGCCGACAAUGGAAACUAUCGAAUACAAAAAUGGAAAAAGGACUCUAAAUUUGGUAUUACUGUAGCAGGAGGAAAUAAGAAAGGUAAUAGUACUACCCAGAUUGGUGGGAGUCUUGGUAUAUUUGUUGAUAAGAGUGGAAAUAUUUAUAUAUCUGACUACACAUUUCAACGAAUAGUGAAAUGGGCUCCUAAUGCAACCAGUGGUACGUUAGUUGCUGGGGGCAAUGGACAAGGAUCAGACGCUAAUCAGUUCAAUGAACCAGAAGGUAUACAUGUAGAUGUCCAAGGAAACAUCUAUGUAGCUGACAGUACGAACAAUCGCAUUCAGAAAUGGGAGCCCGGGGCAAAUACUGGAGUAACCGUAGCUGGAGGAAGUAAAGGGCCAAAUGCUCAUCAAUUAUAUGUACCAUGGGAUGUUACUCUUGAUAGUUACGGUAAUAUAUAUGUUAGUGACAGGGGAAAUAAUCGAAUUCAAAAGCUGACACCUGAUUCAACACCUACAGCUAUUACUCUUUUUCAAAAUUUAUCUAAUCCAACAGGACUGGCAUUAGAUUUCAACGGUAAUAUUUAUGUGGCUGAUAAUGGAAAACAACGAAUACAGAUGUUUACUUUGGAAAGUGGCGCACUUGAUUGCUAG